AUGCUGAAGGGAGCAGCCUUCCUGGCGUGCGUGUGGGCUGCCGCUUGGUGCAGUCGGGCUGGAGCGGCGGCGGCGGCGGCGGCGGCGGCAGGAGCCGGGGGCAGGUCAGACAGCGGCAAUUUUCUGGACGAUAAACAAUGGCUUACCACCAUCUCCCAGUACGACAAGGAGGUCGGGCAGUGGAACAAAUUCCGAGACGAAGUUGAGGAUGAUUAUUUUCGUACAUGGAGCCCAGUUAGACCUUUUGAUCAAGCUUUAGACCCAGCUAAAGAUCCAUGCUUAAAGAUGAAAUGUAGUCGUCAUAAAGUAUGCGUUGCUCAAGAUCAACAAACUGCUGUUUGCAUUAGCCACCGGAGACUUACACACAGGAUGAAAGAAGCUGGUUUGGGACAUAAACAAUGGAGAGUCGGUCCUACUUCAUCAAAAUGCAAGCAGUGUCCAGUAGUUUAUAAUAAUCCUGUUUGUGGGUCUGAUGGUCACACAUAUUCAUCUCAGUGCAAACUAGAAUAUCAAGCCUGUGUCUCAGGAAAACAGAUCUCCGUGAAGUGUGAAGGACGUUGCCUUUGCCCUCAAGAUAAAUCCACAAGUACAGGUCGAAAUGAUAAGAGGGUGUGCAGUGACCUGGAGUUCAGGGAAGUUGCAAACAGAUUGCGAGAUUGGUUCAAGGCACUCCAUGAAAGCGGAAUUCAGAAGAGGACUAGAAUUGUACAAAGACCUGAAAGAAGUAGAUUUGAUACAAGCAUUUUGCCAAUUUGCAAGGACUCCCUUGGCUGGAUGUUUAACAGGCUUGAUACAAACUAUGACCUCCUAUUGGACCAGUCAGAGCUUGGAAGCAUAUAUUUGGACAAAAACGAACAGUGCACCAAGGCAUUCUUCAACUCUUGUGACACGUACAGGGACAGUUUGAUAUCUAACAAUGAGUGGUGCUACUGCUUCCAGAGACAGCAAGACCCACCUUGCCAGACAGAGCUCAGCAACAUUCAGAAACAGCAAGGGGGAAAGAUGCUGCUAGGACAGUAUAUCCCUUUAUGUGAUGAAGAUGGGUACUAUAAACCAACUCAGUGCCAUGGAAGUGCAGGGCAGUGUUGGUGUGUUGACAGAUAUGGCAAUGAGGUGACAGGAUCUAGAACCCAUGGGGCUGCAGACUGUGCUGUUGAUCUAGAAACAUCAGGUGAUUUUUCCAGUGGUGAUUUCCAUGAAUGGACAGAUGAUGAGGAAGAUGAUAUGAUGAAUGACGAGGAUGAAAUUGAAGAUGAUGAUGAGGAUGAAGGAGACGAUGAUGAUGACGAUGACCACGAAGGAUAUAUUUGAUGCUUUUAGCUGUGAAUAAAUUGUAUCUUUCUAAAAUUUACAUGGUGACACGCCAGAAAUUCCUAUACCUUUGAAGGUCAAAAGGAGAUUCUAAACAACAUGUAUAUUUUGUAUGAUUAUUUGAAAUAUUGCAGCUGGAGUCAUAGACUUUCUUUGUUUAAAUGAAAAUCAUUAUAUUAUAUGUUGUUUUUAUAUGCAGUUGAGCAGAAGAAAUCACACUGGAGUCUAGCCUGAAGAAAGAAAUGUGUGUGUUCGCGCUACUAAAAAAAAAAUUAAAUGUGCAGAUAAUCAUAAGGACAACCAAACUUUUAAGAACUUCCAUGAAAAAGACAUCUUCACCUUGGGAAUGUGAGUCUGUGGCCGCUUCCAACCGGUGCUCUGUUAACUUAAAAUUUAGCGGUGGACUUUUCAAAAUAUACAUGGGCAGGCAUAGCAUUCAGUAAAGUUGUAGUAAGUCACUUAUUAUUUACCAGAGACGCAGAAAAGCCAUGGCCGUAGAACUGCAGAGUCCUCCUUUGCGCUUGCAAGGGUUGUGCUUUUUACCCUGAAAUUUCUAGGGUGUCGAAAUGAUGGUUACUAAAAUUCAGCAAACGUGGACAAGCAUAAGCACUACAAAUCAAAAGUUUUGUUGUCCUUUUGUGUUCAUUGUUUCUUUUCAUUGCAAAAUCAUGUAAGUUGGUUUGUGCAGCUGGGUUAUUUUCUCUUUAUUUCUAUAGUGUUCUAAUUAUAAAAUUAGUUUAACAUAUUUUAAUGGGAAAACUUUACAUAAAAAGUAUGUUUAUUAUAUUAUUGUAUUGAGAAUAGUGACACUUUCCCCAAGAUAUGCUUUCUAAUCUCAGUUGGAGCUUUUUAGUUUUUCCAACUCCAACUAAUUUUGCAUCUCUGUCCUAAUUCAUUUUCUUUUCUGUCACCAGAUCAAAUAGAGGAUUAUUGUAAGGUGCCUUGCAAAAUAGAAAUAGGAAGAUUUAUAGCAUGCAUACCAAUAUAGGAUUAUUAGGCAAUAGCUGUUCAUUACCAAAUUCCAAAUUUAAUAUCAAUAUAGGUACUGCUGCUGGAACGGAGAAAUGGGUUAUUUUCUCCCCUGCCCCCAUUGUUAUGUAAUUACCAUGUAGAAUACAUUAUAAUUCUUAUGUAGAGUAGCAUUCACAACUUCACUGUAGAGAAAAUUAUUUUAAUCACUGUAUUUAUGUUAGCAUGUUAAUUAAUUGUGUAGACGUUUUAAAACUCCACACCUUCGCGCAUAUCAGACCUGUGGCUUUGUGCCAUAAUAAAAUUGAAAGGACCUGUGUAAUAUUAUGCAAGCAGUUGUUUAAUUUCAACUGUGCAUUAUUGUUUUCCCUGGUUUUUAUCUACAGUUAGUUGAAAGAAAAUUUGGUUUCUUCUUUUGCAUUCG